CAGUGGAAUCAUGUGCUUACCUAUAAAGUUAGGUUAAAGUAAUUGUGAAUAAACUGAAAUUAAUAUUUUUAGUUGUAUUCUAUGUUGUAUACAUCUUUAUUCAUUUCAAAAUGGUUAAAAGGCGCAACAACCAACUACCAAAUAAUCUCUCACAGCUUCAGAAUCUGAUUAAAAGGGAUACAGUUUCAUACAAAGAAGAGUUUAUGCUUCAAUAUGAACACUACAAAGCAUUGUUAAAAGUUUUUUGGCAAAAUCCUAUUCAGAUAAACAAAAAAUUGGAUGAAUUAGUCAUGUUCAUUGCUCAAGUAGCUCAUUGCUAUCCUGACAUUUUGUCUGGAUAUGCACAAGAGCUAAUUGAUUUAUUGAACAGCCAUAACACAGUUUUGGAUCCCUCCAUGCGAAUGACGUUCUGUCGAGCACUGAUUCUUCUUCGAAACAAGAAUUUGCUUCAAGCAACAGAUCUUCUUUCUCUUUUUUUCCAGUUGCUCCGAUGCAAUGAUAAGGCAUUAAGAGAUUUUUUACAAUCACACAUUGUAACAGAUAUAAAGAAUCUAAACUCAAAACACAAGAACGCACAAUUAAAUACAACUCUGCAGAACUUUAUGUUUAGCAUGCUCAAGGAUAGCAAUCCAAAAGCUGCAAAACUUUCAUUGGAUAUUAUGAUUGAGUUGUACAAGAAAAAUAUUUGGAAUGACACCAAGACUGUAAAUGUAAUAUCUACUGCUUGUUUCUCUAAAGUUACAAAGGUUGUUGUGACAGCUCUAAAAUUCUUUGUCAGUUCAAAUGUCACUAAAGAAGAUGAGGAGGAUAGUGACUCAGAUGACGAGCCAAAUACGAAAGAAGUGGCAAUGGCCAACAAAGUUAAUAAAAAAACAAGAAAAAGAGAAAAACAACUCAAGAAAGUAAAACAGCUAGUCCAGAAGUCGAAAAAGAAAAAAGCAGCAGCUCCAGUUUAUAAUUUCUCAGCUCUCCAGCUAAUCCAUGAUCCUCAAGGUUUAGCUGAGAAGCUAUUUCAUCAGCUUGAAUCUACCCAUGAAAGGUUUGAAGUGCGUUUAUUAACAAUUGACGUUAUUUCAAGAUUGAUUGGCUUGCAUCAGCUAAUUCUCCUAAACUUUUAUCCUUAUAUUCAAAAAUUUCUUCAACCACAUCAAAAAGAGGUCACAAAGUUGUUGGUGUAUAUUGCUCAAGCCUCCCAUGAACUGCUUCCUCCUGAUGUUUUAGAGCCUGUGUUGAAAACUCUGGUCAAUAACUUUGUAACUGAAAGGAACUCUUCAGAUGUCAUGGCUAUUGGGCUGAAUGCAGUUCGGGAAAUGUGUUCACGCUGUCCUCUUGUGAUGAAUGAGGAUCUCCUGAGAGACCUGGUGCAAUACAAGUCACAUAGAGAGCGUAGUGUCAUGAUGGCUGCCCGUUCUCUCAUCCAGUUGUAUCGUCAUACCAUGCCAAAAAUGUUGCACAAGAAAGAUAGGGGAAGACCAACAGAAGCAUCAGUGGAGCUAAAGAUGAAAAACUUUGGAGAAAUAGAUGUACAAGAAUAUGUCCCAGGGGCAGAAGUUUUGCUUGAAGAAAACAAGGCUGAGGAACAAGACAGUGAUGAAUCAGACUCAGACAGUGAUAAUGAAUCGUGGGUUGAUAUUUCACAUUCUGAAGAUGAAAUUAGUUCAGUCGUGGAAAAGGACAAAGAUAUGAACCAAACUGAUGAAAUUGAUGGAAAAGAUACAGAUUUGUCAAAAGAAAAGGAUGACUGUAAAGAAGCUCUAGAACUGAAAAAGAAACAAGCUGCUGAAGUAAGUGUAAUGCGUAUUCUUACUGAUGACGACUUUAAGGAAAUUGAUGCUGCUCUGAUUCGAAAACAAGUAGAGGCUCCCAAGAAGGGAGUCAAAAGAAAAAUGGAAGACUUAAAAGAAAAAAAGGAAUUAGUGUCUCUAGCAGAUAUUGAAAAUAUUUACAAAAAAAGAAAACAUGACAGACAAGCUCGGAUUGAAUCUGUAAAGAAAGGACAAGAAGGAAGGGAGAAGUUUGGCUACAAGGAUGGAAGACUGAAUCCCUUUUCAAGUAAAACUAACAGAGAAAAGAAGAAGAACAAGAAUUUUAUGAUGAUAAAACAUAAAGUCAGAGGGAAAACAAAGCGUUCCUUUAAAGACAAACAGAUUGCACUGAGAAAUUAUUUGAUCAAGCAAAAGAAAAUGAGAUGAUCCUGAGGUAACAUAUUUGUUAUAAAUGGAAAAUAAAUGUUAUUGUAUGUUAAUAUAAA